AUGGUGCUGUUGUUGGAGAACUAUGCGGACCCUAACGAGGUGGAUGACCGCGAGCAGACGCCGCUGCACCUCGCCGCGCAGUCGGCGCUGCCGCACGCGUGCGACCUGGUGCGGGAGCUGCUCCGCUUCGGCGCCACAGCGGAGGUGCAGAGCGGCUGCACGCUCGAGACGCCGUUGCUCAUUGCCUCCCGCCGCGGUGACGCGAAUAAGCUGAACCUUCUGCUACACCAGCAGCAGGAGUUCAGCUAUGGGCACGCUGCUCACUCCUGCGCGGCGAGGACGCGGGAGCGGGCACGCGCCACCAGUCGAGGUCGCUCGACCUCGCCGUCGGUGCGCCGCACGGGUCGACAGCAACAACAGCAGACACGGCGUGGACGCGCACAGCAGCGCCGACCGAGUACCUCCUCUGUGACAUCCGAGGGCAAUGAUACUUCAUUUUAUGACGAAAACAGCGGCAGUUUGGACUUCCGCCAGAAUCCCCCUUUUCUUGGCACACCGGCCGUUGGAGGUGCGGCGAUGAUAACGGCGGCGGCAGCAGCGGCGGCAGCGGNGGCGGCAGCGGCGGCGUCAGUGCGUGAGGAUGGUCUCUCUUCGAUGAGCCUGGAAGGGGGGCUGCCGGUGGAGCGUCUGACGCUGAGUCCGUACCACCUCCUCUUGUCGGAUGGCCAGGUGCGUACGGCGCUGCAUUACCUAUGCGCUCACAGCGACCCGGAGAAGCAGACGUCGUUGCUGCCAGUGAUGCGGGAGAUCUUGCGGUGCGCACUCGCGCCUACGCUGGUGCUGCAAAUAGAUGCGGACGGUCGUCUCCCAUUGCACGAUGCCGCUGCUGCUGGGUACGCGGCGGCGGUGAAGGAGUUGCUGCGGCACGAUGAUGGGUGCUGUCCCUUCUUCCUUGACGUGCGCGGUUGCACACCACUGCACUAUGCGGUGAUGGCCGACAGCACCGAAUGCAUUCAGGAACUCGUGCGGAGUGUGAAGGGGUGGCUACCGUGCACGCUCAAGGGCGGCGCAGCUGCGGUGGAUGAUGGCCGCGCUGUUCCCAUCACCGCACGCAUUCUGCAGAACCAACAGCAGCAGAAUCAUACGCAAGGGCAAUCACCAUGGCCGCGCCAGCACAAUUGCAGUGGCAACCCGCUGCGUGGUGAGGGCCACCGCGAAACGUGCAUUGACAGUGUGUGGGCCUACUUGAAUGUGCACGAUGGCAUGGGCCGCACCCCGCUGCUGCUCGCGGCGGAGUUGGGCUGCAGAGGGGCGGGGAAGGUUUUGAUGCGGCUGCUGAAACAGCACCAACGCGUGGGGCGUGCCGUCACCGUCAGCACUGCGGCGCCACUUAAUGACAUUCGGGCUGAUGUGCAGUCUCCUCCGUCGGUUGUGCUUACCGAAGCUUCGACGCCCACCGCGGCGAUGAUAUCUGCGCCGUGA